AUGCUUCGCCACACUCUUUUCAUUCUCUUUGCUAUCCUCUUCGCCCACCUCUGUGAGGGGCAAAGGCUCGCGACGCGUAUUGAUGAUGAUGGUCAUACUAUUGUUAUCACUGGUCCCAACGGCUUCCAGGGUACCAGUGCUCUGCCUAGCGACUGGAACACGUCUGGGUACACCUUCAGGACUUCUGCCAAAGUUCAGAGCACCACGUCCGCUUCUAGCGCCGUCGCGACUGGCUCUAACAGCAUCAACAAAGAUGCGAAAUGGGUCAACUCUACUGACUCUGACAAUGUCACGGAGAGCGCCUCUCAGAGCCUUGAUGAGUCUACCUCUGCUACCGCCACUGCGAUCAACACCAUCAACGUCAACGGUGCCGCCUCUGCCAAGUCCACCACCGCCUCUAUCGCUCAAUUUAGCGCGUCUUCCGCCUCAGCUUUUCAGUCUGAGAACGCUGGCGUCAAGCUUGCGGUCCAGUCCCAUGCUUCUGCCCUGAUCACUGCGAUGGUGGUGAUCGGCGCGGUGUGCAUGUCGACUUCUCUGGUUAUCUGA